CCGCGAGACCGGAGACUGCCCCUUGGCUCAACUAAGGCCAGCUUCUCCUGCAGCCGCCGGCGGCGAUGAGGACCAACGCAUGCACCGUGUUGUGGACGGAGCUGCUGACGCUGGUGCCAUACCGGCGCCGCCACGUGCCCAAGUACCACAGCUGGAUGCAGUCGGCGGAGCUGCAGCAGCUGACGGCCUCGGAGCCGCUGACGCUGCCGCAGGAGUAUGCCAUGCAGCGCAGCUGGCGGGAGGACGACGGCAAGUGCACGUUCAUCGUGCUCGACCGCGCCACGUACGAGAGCGCGGCCGACGAGGUGGCGGCCAUGAUCGGCGACGUGAACCUGUUCCUGGCGGACGGCGAGGCCGGCGCCGCCGAGGUGGAGGUGAUGAUUGCCGAGCAGGGGGCGCGCGGCGCCGGCCGAGGCCGCCAGGCCGCCGCCGCCAUGCUUCGCUACGGCCUGGAGACGCUGCGGCUGACACGCUUCCAGGUCAAGAUCGGCCUGGAGAACGAGGCGAGCCGGCACCUGUUCGCGACGCUGGGUUUCGCCGAGGUCAGCCGCAGCGAGGUGUUCGGCGAGGUGACGUGUGAGGUGCACGUGACGCCCGACUGGCGCCGGACCGUGGAGCGCAUGUGUCCCGGCUACCGCGCCGAGACCGUGGCCGACGGAGAGGCGUCAGAACCGGCCGCAGCGGGGGACGAGCCGCUCACUGCACUGCACGGGUCGCCGAACCCACGAGACGAGAGUGGAAGCUGAGCUGCAUGUGCCGUGAACGCCUCUGUGGGAGAGAUAUCACCUGAAAAUUUGUGCGCUUUUGCAUUGUUUUACCAAUACCUGUUCAUGACGAUGUGUUGUGUUCGCUAUCCCCGAAACAGGCUAAGAGUUACGGAAGUUGCGAUCGGCACUGGAGCAGUAGCAGUGGCAGCAGCAGGAUGGCUUGGUACUUUUUUAAUGGUUUAUUGAUGCUUUGUUGGUGUGUCUUACGUUUUGCGCAGACGUAUUUUGCACAAUGUGUAAUACAGAUUAUCGUAUUAUUCUCGGAUCGUGGCGUAUUUAUUCGACAUGGCCUGACGGUCGUGCCCCGUCAGCUGUGGUGGGUUUGGUCAUAUCUUACCUAUCAGAACAUAAUGUCCGGUUGGUUAUCUACACGACCGCCCAGUAUCCGCCCUCUGCGUAACACGGGAUCCACAUGUUGCGCCGCCCCAGAGACGCUCCGGCUAUCAGCACUGUUAGGUGGAGUUGCACGAUGUCUGUUCGCAGCUGGUGCGACUGGGCGUCGCUGAUGCUAUUUACCACUAGAGAGCGCUAGAAUGCGACUCCGUGCAACCUCCGCCUCUUAUGUGCUUACAGCGUGGUUACCGCACCACACCGACGCAUUUGGCCGUGCUGCACUACUUGGACCUGCCGUUGGCGGGACUUUGACGGUUGAUGAUGCCAGAACGCAUUUGACGUGACUUUGACAGUGAUUUA